GCGCCAAGUGGUGUCCCGCCGCACAUUAGCGUCUUUUGAAUGAAGUUGAUGUAAACUGUAAGUCAGUCUGCUGCUCUCUGUCCGCCUCUGCUCCACUCGGAGUCCACUCCUUCCUCUUUUUUCCCCCCACUUCCACGCUUCGUAGUAUCAGACACUUGCUAGUUUGACACCACUUUCACGACUUGAGUGCUGCUUUCACCCCCCCACCCCCCCCAGAUUUGGGAUUUAUUUCUUCUUCUCCGUUUCUUCCGAGGGUUUCAUCCGCGUCGGACUGCGCUAUGUGGUGGAUGCUGUUUCCACGAUGGAUUUGGUUUCUCCUGGGACAUUUUUCCACCGUGGUGCUGUUCAUGGACAGUGUGAGAUGCAUGCCGAUGUCCGUGGCCAAAGUGGUUUACUCUCAUGCGGGUCUGUGCCCCAAUGAGCUCAACCCCAACCUGUGGGUGGAUGCUAUGAGCACCUGCAUCAGAGAGUGUGAAUCGGACCAGGACUGCGAGACGUUUGAGAAGUGCUGCCCCAACGUGUGCGGCAACAAGAGCUGCGUGGCUGCGCGUUACAUCGACAUCAAGGGCAACAAGGGGCCCAUCGGCAUGCCCAAAGGCGCCACCUGCGACAAGUUCAUGUGCUCCCAGCAAGGCUCCGAGUGCGACAUCUGGGACGGGCAGCCCGUCUGUAAGUGCCGGGACCGCUGCGAGCGAGAACCCCACUUCACGUGCGCCUCUGACGGAAUGACUUACUAUAACAAAUGUUACAUGGACGCCGAGGCGUGCUCCAAGGGUGUCUCUAUCUCUGAGGUCACCUGCAGGUACCACCUGACCUGGCCAAACACCAGUCCAAUCCCAGCGGAAACCACCCUCCAUCCAACCACGGCUCUCCAAACCACCCUGCCAGCCGACAUCCACCCUCCCGCCAUCCACAGCGGCCCCACCCAGCAGGCCGUUUUUGUGGGCGAGACGGCCAGCUUCCUGUGCGAUGUAUCCGGGAAACCGCAUCCGGAAGUCACUUGGGAGAAGCAACUGAAAUCCAAGGACAACAUCGUUAUGAGACCGAAUCACGUGCGGGGGAACGUGGUGGUCACCAACAUCGGGCAGCUGGUCAUCUACAACGCUCAGCUUCAGGACGCUGGAAUCUACACGUGCACGGCCAAAAACGUAGGAGGAAGCGUCUCGUCGCAUUUUCCCUUGUUGGUAAUCCGAAGAGAAGAUAAAGGGAAAGAAGCAGAACGGAAUGACACCAAUUUUCCCUUCCCUCCCGCGGAGUGCUUAAAAAGUCCGGACACGGACGACUGCGGGGACGAGAGCAUGAGUUGGUACUACGAAUCCAGCAGGAACAACUGCUUCACCUUCACAUACAGUCAAUGCAAUAAGAACCGCAACCAUUUCGACACCUACGACGUAUGCAUGCUGGCAUGCGGCGGGGAGCUAGCAGCUCCAUGUAGCCUACCUAGCUUCCAGGGGCCCUGCAAGGCAUACGAGCAACGCUGGGCCUACAGCAACGUUCUCAAGAAAUGCCAAUCUUUUAUCUACGGUGGAUGCGGCGGCAACGAGAACAACUUCGAGUCCAAAGAAUCCUGCGAAAGCAUGUGUCCGUUUUUGAGGAACCACAACUGCAAAGCGUGUAAACCUCGCGGGAAAAUGGUGACCACUUUCUGCAAGAGCGACUUCGUCAUACUGGGACGGGUCACCGAGCUCACAGAGGAACAGGAUUCGGGUCACGCUUUGGUGACGGUGGAGGAGAUCCUGAAAGAUGAGAAGAUGGGUCUCAAGUUCUUCGGGAAAGAACCCUUGGAGGUGACUCUACUCAACAUGGACUGGAACUGCCCCUGUCCGAAUAUCACCGUCGCAGAGAGUCCGCUCAUCAUCAUGGGGGAGGUUCACAACGGGAUGGCCGUCCUGCAGCCGGACAGCUUUGUUAGCUCAUCCAGCGCUCGGAAAAUCAGGAAGCUUCGGGAAGUUGCCCACAAGAAAAGCUGUGGGUUCUUCAAAGAGUUCCCCGCCGCACAGUAGAGCGACAUUGCAAACAACCGUCGUCGGAAUGACCCUAUUUUCCUUAUACCAUAACUUGAGCCUAGCCCAGCCUAAUAUUAAAUUCCCAAAAUGUAUUUUCGGGAAAAAGUGCAAAAUAAUCUUUUAUGGCGGCAUCCACAUGGGAACGUUUCCAGGUCAAAAUUGCAAAGUUAUAGUUAUGGUUCUAGUUGCAUAUUGUUUACAUACUUCAUGUUAUAAGUCAUAAUUCCACGCCUUUUAAACAUAUUUUAUUGUCUCCCAGGCAUCCACACAAAAGUGGCGUUCCGGGUGCCCUAAUACGCAAUAUUCCCAAAAACGGAAACAACUGGAAAUAAGCAAAUAGUAAUUGAUGACAUCACCGAACCAUCGCAGCAUGCAAAAAUUUUCCAAAUAUUUUUAAUAUAGUUUGAAAAAUUAUUUUAUUGUCUCCCAGGCAUCCACACAAAAGCGGCGUUCCGGGUGCCCUAAUACGCAAUAUUCCGAAAAAUGUGGGAAAAUCUGGAAACAAGCAAAUAGUAAUUGAUGACAUCACCGAACCAUCGCAGCAAGCAAAAAUUUUCCAAAUAUUUUUUAUAUAGUUUGAAAAAUUAAUUAUACUAAAUUAUGACCAUAUUUCCAUAAUAUUAUCACCCAAUUUUUUUCAAUUGCUUUAUUUUGUUUCUCAGUAUUUUCUCUUUAAUAUUGCAACUUUAUGCUUCAAAAAGGACAUUAUUUUUUCCUCAUCACAUUAUGUUAUUAAUUAUUAAUUCUAUGAAAACUGCUACUUUUUUUCCUUUUUACAAUACAUAUUUUUUUUUAGAUUUUGACUUUAUUCUCAUAAAAUUCCAGCUUUUUUACAUUUCUUUUUUUUAAUUAUACAACUAUUUCAACAUUAUUGAAGGAUUUUUUUCUUUCUGCAAUUAUGACUUGAUUUCCAUAAUAUUUUGACUUUAUUCUCAUAACAUUAUAACUUUUUCCACAACCCAAUUUUAAUAUUCUGUUUUGUAAAAUAUAUUCAUAUUUUUUAAAAUAAUUUUUGCUUUUUUGAGGUUUUAUUGUAUUUGAUUCAUUCAUUCAUUUUCUACUGCUUUUUCCUCACAAGGGUUGCGGGGGUGCUGGAGCCUAUCCCAGCUGUCUUCGGACAAGAGGCGGGGUACACCCUGGACUGGUGGCCAGCCAAUCACAGGGCACAUAUAGACAAACAACCAUUCACACUCACAUUCAUACCUAUUACAUUCAUACCUUUUUCCACAACCUAAUUUUAAUAUUCUGUCUUUUUUGUCGUAACAUUUUGGCUUUAUUUUCGUAAAAUAUAUUCAGAUUUUUAAAAAUAAUUUUUGCUUUUUUGAGGUUUUAUUGUAUUUAUUAUAGUUUUUUUUGUUUGGAGGGGAGAGUCAAUAUGGGCCGCAAAUGGCCCGCUCUCCGCACUUUGGACACCCCUGGUGUAGUUGUCAACAUUGUUGAAGGAUACAGUUUACAGACUUCCUGUUAUAAGUCACAAUUCCACGCCUCUAAAACGUAUUUUAUUGUUUCCCAGGCAUCCACACGAAAGCGGCGUUCUGGGUGCCCUAAUAUGCUAUAUUCCGAAAUCCGAAAAUCUGGAAACAAGCAAAUAAUGACAUCACCGAACCAUCGCGUCACAUGACCAGAAGUGAGUUUUAACACACUGACAUGCCGUAUGUCUUCUUCUUCUACAGUUUGGUGCGUCACAUGCUAACCACAAUCACAUGUCCGUCGUUUUCACCUAGCAAUCCGUUCCCGUCGAAAUGCAAUUAUUCAUUCAUUUUCUACCGCUUUUCUUCACGAGGGUCGCAGGGGCUGCUGGAGCCUAUCCCAGCUGUCUUCGGGUACACCCUGGACUGGUGGCCAGCCAAUCACAGGGCACAUAUAGACAAACAACCAUUCACACUCACAUUCAUACCUAUGGACAAUUUGGAGUCGCUAAUUAACCUAGCAUGUUUUUGGAAUGUGGGAGGAAACCGGAGUACCCGGAGAAAACCGAGAACAUGCAAACUCCACACAGAGAUGGCCGAGGGUGAAAUUGAACCCCGAUCUCCUAGCUGUGAGGUCUGCAUGCUAACCACUCGACCACCGUGCAGCCCUAAAUGCAAUUAUUUACUAUUUAAUCCCAGGAAUGUUUCCAUGUGGACAGGGCCUUGAAAAAUAAAAAAAAGCUAAUCAAGUCUUGGAAAAAAAACAAAUUUCUGCUUGACGUCCAAUUUGUUAUAAUUUCACCAUAAAUAUUGCUUAAUUAACUACUGUUAAAUAAAACUAAAACAAAGUAAAAUUACUCACAUAUCAUUGAAAAAAGGGGUGUUUGCAGGUUUGUUUUCACUUUUAUUUCAUAGAUUUUGGGCUCAACCAUAAUUUCAAACCCAUAAAGUUGGUUCAUUUGUCCCUGAGUCAACAUCCCUCACAUAGCAGCAUAAAUAUUGUUUAAAUAACUACUGUUAAAUAAAACUAAAACAAAGUAAAAUUACUUACAUAUCAUUGAAAAAAAUGGGUGUUUGCAGGUUUGUUUUCACUUGUUUUUUAAUAGAUUUCGGGCUGAACCUCAAAUUGUGCGACUUUUCGGACGACGCAGGAACAAUAAGCUGUUUGAUUCCGCUCAUGUGGAAUCACUUCCAAUACAGGAUUAUCUCUAUAUUUAUUUAUCCUUUAUGUCUUACAGAGAAUUAGCCGUAGCUAUGAAUUGAAGUAUACGGAGAACGAAUGAAUAAAGAUGAUUUUAGGAGAUUUGUGCUGCUUGGAUUGUUUUUUUCCCCCCUGGU